AUGAUUGGCUUUCGCAAUCGAAAUAUCCGCGGACAGGCUCCCAACACUCGAUCCAUCGACAGUAUCCGACACGUGGAAGAUAAGUGCCUGGCAGCUGCGGCCAAGUACAACGCCGCACGAGCGGCUUUAUUGGCGCUGCAGAGUCCGGGAGAUCGGGAGCCAGAGCUCCGUGAGCUGCGCCGUGGCGAUCUCACGACACCUGAUGCCACAGAGCUCUGCAUUGAGGACCCAAAUGACAAUAUUGGGCAGGACGGAAAGGCAAAGUCGAAGAAACAGAAGAAGAUCGAUCAACUGGGGCUAGGUGAAGGGAAACGGAAGAUAUCGUGGAUCUGGAGGGUUGCGGGGGCAAUGGGAGAUGGUGGGGAUGACAUUUUGAAUGAUGCCCUGCGGAUUGAAUGGGCAAAGAGCCGGGCGCGCCAUCUGCGAUGGUCGGAGGAGGUGCUAUUGCUAAAGGAAGAGAUGAGACGGGUACGUAAGACCCUGGAGAAGAGAGCAGCCUGGUGGCAAGCACGUGAGGAACCCUGGGAGGGUUUGGAUAGGGCAGAAGCAGAGGGAGUGCGUGCAUACGCGAGACGACAGGCCGUGAUGGAAAAAGCCCUCUAUGAGUGCUUUACACGCCUGUGGGAUGACCCUCUGUCUCCCUUGGUGAAUCGGGAGGACAGUGGCGAGGGCCCUGGACCAGGGGUAGACCCCGCGCUAGAAGCAAUGCUGGAGGAGGAGGAGGAUUUCUAG